AUUAAUGAAAGAACAGUCAAAACUACUACUCAGACUUUAUUAUGACUAUUUUCUACAUGUUGGAGUGAUGGAAAAACCUGAUACAACUCCAGUGGAAGAAUCAUAAAUUCAGUCAAGUGUGCCCAAACAUUUGUUGUAAGUGCAGAGACCAGUCACAUAAAGUUUAGCUCAGGUUCAUAACUCAGCUUACUAAGGGUAAUAAUUAAUACUGUAUUGUUAGGCAAGUAAGACAGCAAUCGAACACCUUGACGUUCUUUCUUUCCUUCACAGUGACAGAGUCACCGAGUAAGGAUGACGGACCUCAUGUAAAUCUGAUGAAGCCUGUUUUGUCCUUGUAUUGGAACUGUGAAGGUCUCAGAUGAAUUCAACCCUAGAGGAACAGAAGAACAGCUGCUUCCAAAAAAUGAGUCCAUAAUCCAUACUAUUGCUUCCUCCAGUGAAAAGGAUGUCUCAUCUGAAUUGAAGUAUUGAGAAAUAUUGAGAAUUUUUCACAGAUCAAGCACCAUUUACAAGCGAAACACAGCUGUUUGGACUUUCUUCAUUCUGACGGCACCCAUUCAUAAUGAGCAAGUGAAGUAAUGCUACAUUUCUCCAAACAAACUCAUCUAUAUCUUGGAUGGUCUGAGGGUGAGUACAUCUUAAGCACAUUUAAAUUUUUGGGUGAACUAUACCUAUAAAGUGAAAUAAACCUCCCCUCCCUGCAGUCAUGCUGUGUGAGGCUUCCAGAAUGAUUGACAUAUUAUUGGCUGAUGCUGUGGCCUAUGAGAGCAGGCUGAGGCAUGUAAACACACCCACAGUGGAUAUAUGCAGAAUAAACAAGCAGAGAGGUAAAGCAGAUCUGGAUCAGAAUGGCAAUAUUUAACAACACCACCACAACUAACAUCAGCGAUCGCUAUCACUGUAAGAUAGAAGAGAACUUCAAGUACAUUCUCCUCCCGGUGAGUUACACUCUGGUGUUUGUGUUCGGUCUGGCGUUGAACAUCACGGCCAUGUACGUCAUCCUGUUCCGAACCAAACACUGGAAGCCCAGCACCAUCUACAUGAUCAACCUCAACGUCUGCGACACGCUUUACGUCCUCACCCUGCCGUUCCUCAUCUACUAUUACGCUGAUAAGAACGACUGGCCGUUCGGUGAGCUGAUGUGUAAGCUGAUUCGCUUUCUCUUCUACACAAACCUCUACGGGAGCAUCCUCUUCCUCAGCUGCAUCAGUCUGCACCGGUUUUUAGGCGUCUGUCAUCCGGUGCGCUCUUUGUACUGGAUGAACGGCCGUCGCGCUCGUUUGGUUUCUGUGGGAAUAUGGAUGAUCAUUCUCAUCUUACAGGCACCGAUUCUUUAUUUCUCCAGGAUGAACAAUAACGGUGACAUGAAACCACAAGCAACGGUCUGUUAUGACACCACAAGCAAGGAACUCUUCAAUGACUUUAUUGUUUACAGCUCUGUGGUGAUGUUCCUGCUUUUUUUCAUACCGUUUGGGGUGGUGCUGGUCUGCAACGGACUGAUGGUGAAGAAACUUCAGGAACCCGGUAUUGGUGGAGGUCCAACGUCACAGCGCUUUAAGCAGAAGUCGGUGAAGAUGAUCAUCAUUGUGCUUCUGGCUUUCAUGUUGUGCUUCUUGCCUUUCCACGUGAACCGCAGUAUAUACUACACCUUCCGUUACCUGGACAAACGUGUGAGCUGCUCGAUGCUGGAGGCUGCCAGCAUGGCCUACAAGGUCACACGACCUCUGGCCAGCGCCAACAGCUGCAUCGACCCCAUCCUUUACUUCAUGGCAGGACAGGGCUUCAGAAGCAGCAUCAAGAACAAGAAGAGUAAAUCAAGAUCUGAAAACAGGAAAUCACCCUCAACCUCUUUAUAGUGUGCUUGAGGGAAACGAAAUUUAAAAGUAUGUGGUGAAAUGACCUGUGAUGAAUGACUGUGAUCAAUGUUGAUGAAAUGUCUGAAUACAAAAAAAAUCUUAAAAGUAGCUCCUAAUAAGGAACCAUUUGGUGUUGUAUAUAUAGAAGGACCUUCUUCCAAAGGACAUUUUGUAGAAUGUGAAGGACAAUAUUGCUAUAUAUAUAUCUGCUCUCUGACCAGAGAACAUGCUGCGUUCUUUUCAUGUUGCAUAAAACUCUGCUUCGGUUUAGGAACCUUGCAAACUGGCACUGUGCCUGAAGAUUCAUGGGAAUAUAGGUUAAUUAAGUGUUCACGAAAAGGUGUGUCAGGACAGUUAGUAUCAGCACAACAGCAUUUCACUAACUCACUGGAAUUUGGUUCAGUUCCAGGAUAUUGUUCCAGGACACAGAAUCAAAUAGAGAUAUCUUAACAUGCAUUUGAUGAGAUCAGGGAGUCAAGCCAGCUGUUAUUGUCAAUUAAAACUAAAACUGAAAGUAAAAAUAUUAAAAGCUGAAACAAAUAAAUAUUAGAAUAAAAAUAAAUAAAUAUUAGAUGCAAAACUUCUAAAACUUGAACAGAAAUGAGAAAUCUCACCUUGGGAAUGAAACUAAAACUAAAACCAAAUUAAAGCUAAAUAGAAAUGUUUAAACAUAACAAAAUGACUAAAACUUAAAAAUAAAAUGAAAAUAAAAACUAUAGAUAAAUAAAGAGAAUAUAAAAGAAAAGUUAAUACUAUAUAAAUAACAUUAAAAGAAGACUGUCUUCGAUUCAAACAACACGACAUUGCUGAAUCAGAGAAAACUGAAAAAUUAACAAUGAUAUUGAUGUUAAAGGAGAGGUUGAACAUAGAUAACACUGAUGUCUAAUAGUUUAAAGUGUCUAAACUAAUAAUGGAGUAUGUGAUUUAUAGUUUUAUAUUCAUUGCAGUGAUAAUAGAAAAAAAAUCUAAGUGGUUUGUCAUCCAUUUAUUUCUUAUUGUGUGUAAUCAAAUAAUGCAAAAGCAAAGUAAAAGCAAACAAACAAAAAAUGUUGUAAAUGAAUUGGGAUAUAGACUGCACAUAUACUUGGUUAAAUAUAUGUUGUUGUGUAGGGCAACUAUCCUGUUUAUAGUUUUCUAGAAAAUAAACAUACGAGCGGCUUACUUGCAGUCGUCUCUGCUUGUUAAGCUUUGAUAGGAAAGUACUUGAAGUUACAGUCACUUUCCGUAAAUAAGUGAACUGUGUGAACAUAACUUUAUUAAAUAUUAAGACUUGUUUUAAAGAAUAUGCUUUUUCGUGUUUUAAACAAACCUAACAAAUGAUUUUUGUGCUUAAAACAAGAAAAUGAAUCAAUAAAUAAAUGUCUGAAGAUAUAUGUGUAAAUAUUAAGAAAAGUGUCCAUGUGGUUUAAAUACCAAGAAAAUCAAUAAAUGCGUUAUAUAAAUAACUUUAUGUAAAUAAGUACCCUGUACACUUGAGGUUAUAUCAUCCAUGUCCAUGCUUUCACGGGACAUUAAACCCAUGACAUUGGCAUUGCUAGCGCCAUACAAUACAAUUUCAACUUAAACCACACAAACCAAAAUAUGAACGGUGACUUUUCUCUGGUCAAUUACUGUCAUUCUGAACAUACAAUAGCAGUAUUGUUUGAAAUGAUAAACUGGCACUUUUUAAAGAUGGAAGUCAUAUUAGGGUGAAGUUUAAAUAAAUUUGCUACUUUGGUUUAAGCAAGUGUUGACAUUUUCUGUCAUCCUGGUUUGCACUAACUUGUAAAAUAAAAACUGGCAAUUUAUUAAGAAAUUUCAGGUGUUUCUUAAAUUCUUUUUCUUUGUCUAAUCGAAAUGUUUCAAACAAAACAUGUUUUCUUGGGAACAGAUUAAAUUUGAAUCACUUUCAUUUGUAAUUACAGUAUCACUUUCCAUCCAGCACUCAGAAAUAAAGGUGCAAAACUAUCACUGGGACAGUAAUACUGCAUGUACCUUUAAAGUAUUAUAUGUAUAAUUUGGUGGUA